AUGUGCAUUGACUAUAAGCAGUUGAAUAAAGUUACAAUUAAGAACAAGUAUCCUUUGCCGCGCAUUGAUGACUUAUUUGACCAGCUUCAGGGAGCUAGAGUGUUCUCUAAGAUUGAUUUGAGGUCUGGGUAUCACCAGUUGAAGAUUCGGGACUCGGAUAUUCUAAAGACGGUAUUCAGGACCCGCUAUGGUCAUUAUGAGUUCCUUGUGAUGUCUUUUGGGCUGACCAAUGCCCCAGCAGCAUUCAUGCAUCUGAUGAACAGUGUAUUCCAGCCAUAUCUUGAUUCGUUUGUCAUAGUAUUUAUUGAUGAUAUCCUGAUGUACUCAUGUAGCCAGGAGGAGCAUGCACAUCAUCUGAGGAUUGUACUACAUACGUUGAGGGAGGAGAAGCUUUAUUCCAAGUUCUCCAAGUGUGAGUUUUGGCUCAGUUCGGUUGCGUCCUUAGGGAAUGUAGUGUCCCGUGAGGGGAGUAAGGUGUAUCCGAAGAAGAUCGAGAUCCAAGUACUUCUGGGCACGGUGGUUCCUAGAUUUGGAGCUUCAUCUGCUUGGAGACUUUUGAGGUAG